AUGGGACACCACUCGUGCUGCAACCAGCAAAAGGUUAAGAGAGGCCUUUGGUCACCUGAGGAAGAUGAAAAGCUUAUUAGAUAUAUCACUACUCAUGGCUAUGGCUGUUGGAGUGAAGUUCCUGAGAAAGCUGGGCUUCAAAGAUGUGGCAAAAGCUGCCGUUUACGAUGGAUCAACUACCUGAGACCUGAUAUAAGAAGGGGCAGAUUUACACCCGAGGAGGAGAAGUUAAUAAUCAGCCUUCAUGGGGCCGUAGGGAACAGGUGGGCUCAUAUAGCAAGUCAUUUGCCUGGAAGAACAGACAACGAAAUAAAGAACUAUUGGAAUUCAUGGAUUAAGAAGAAGAUACGAAAGCCUUCAUCUUCAGCUCCUCCUCCGACUCUCUCUCCAAGUACAGAUCAUCAUCAACAUUUCCCACUGAAUUUUUCUGCAAACCAGUUAGAUAUUUUGAAUCAGGACUUGUCAUCGAGGCCACUGAUUCAGGAUAAUCUUUUCUCUUCUCCUAGUCCAUUAUUUAUGUUCGACACUGGCUCAAUUUCCGGGAUCAAUGGCGAUGGUAGUGGCCGAUCAACAGAGCUUUUUCACGAAUCGACGGUUCUGAACUCUGAAACAUGGCAAAUGAACCAACAUCAAGUUCAAGCUCUUCCCCUUCCAGUCUCUUUUACAACAAGCAUGAAUUCGAAUAUGUUGCCACCAUUGAUAGAGAACAUAGAAAGCAUGUUGCCAAUGGAAGUGCAAUCCUGCAGCUUAAAUGAGGAAGGAGAGAUAUCGUUGGAUUGCCUACAGAGACAAGAGUUGAAUCAAUGGGAUGAGACUCAACAAUGCUCAAGCUAUCUAUUUUGGGACCAACCUGAAGGACCACUAGGUGGGGAAGAAUUUGUACCAGCUCCAUCAAACACGGGGACUAUCCUAUCCUCUUAUCCUUCAUCUUUAAAAGACGUUCAUUUACAAUCAUAUCAUCACUAA